AUGUCUGCCAGCGCAUACGACAGACACAUUACCAUUUUCGCCGACAAUGGCCGUCUCUAUCAAGUCGAGUACGCCUUCAAGGCCAUCACAGCCGCAAACAUCAUGUCUGUAGGCAUUCGCGGAAAGGACUGCGCCGUUGUCCUGUCGCAAAAGAAGGUUCCCGAUAAGCUUAUCGACCCUGCUUCCGUCUCGCACAUCUUCAAAAUCUCCCCUGGUGUUGGUUGUGUCAUCACCGGAUCCAUCGCCGACGCUAGAGCCUUUGCGCAAAGAGCACAGGGCGAGGCUGCCGAGUUCCGUUACAAGUACGGCUACGAGAUGCCCGCUGACGCCCUUGCGAAGCGUCUCGCCAACAUUAGCCAGGUCUAUACGCAAAGAGCUUACAUGAGACCCUAUGGUGUCGCGACUACCAUCAUCUCCCUCGACUCCGAAUAUGGCCCUCAGCUGUUCAAAUGCGACCCCGCAGGAUACUAUAUCGGAUACAAGGGCACCGCCGCCGGUCCCAAGCAGCAGGAGGCCCUGAACCACCUUGAAAAGAAGCUACGCAACAAGGACUGUGCUGAGGGCAACUGGGAAGAAGUUGUCGAGCUGGCCAUUACGACUCUGGGAACGGUGCUGAGCAUGGAUUUCAAGAAGGGCGAGAUUGAGAUUGGCAUCGUCGGCGGCCCCCGUGCUGAUGGCAAGGAGGGAACGGAUCCCAGCUUCCGCAUGCUGACGGAGGAUGAGAUUGACGACCGCUUACAGGCUAUUGCUGAGAAGGACUAA